ACACAACCUCAUCACAGUCAUCAGAUGUUUAUUGGAAUGCCGUGUUAGACCAAUACAAACUUUUUCAGUUACCAAUUUGAGUUACCAUUCUAAAUUUUUGUGUUUUUUAAUAUAAUUUAAUUAUUUUUAGACAAGUUCCUACUAAAAUGUUUUCAAGAAACUGUUUUAAAAUAAAAAAACAAGUUUGUGUUAAGCAACAUUUGAGAACAUUUAAAGAUGAAGGGUGGGUGGGAUGUUACGAUGUUGUUAUCAUCGGUGGCGGUAUAGUUGGAAUGGCAACAGCUAAGAAAUUAUUAGAGAAAAAUCAGAAUGUGACUUGCGCAGUGGUGGAAAAAGAAAAUAAGUUAGCGUGCCAUCAGUCUGGUCAUAAUAGCGGUGUCAUUCAUGCUGGAAUCUAUUAUAAACCCGGAUCUUUAAAGGCGAAACUAUGUACUGAAGGCAUGAAACAAGCUUAUGAUUACUUUAAUGCUAAAAACAUAACUUACAAGAAAGUUGGAAAAUUAAUAGUUGCUACGUGUCCUGAAGAGAUCCCACUGUUAAAUGAUCUGUACAUGAGAGGUACGCGUAAUGGAGUGCCUGGUUUGAAGAUGGUUGAAGGAAAAAAAAUAAAGGAGAUCGAACCUGCCUGUACUGGCUUAAGAGCUAUUCACUCACCUCAUACAGGGAUUGUAGACUGGGGUGUUGUCACGAAGCACUACGGUGAUGAUUUCAAAAGUAAAGGCGGAGACAUAUUCCUCAACUUCAACGUCUGCGAUUUUCAACUGGAGUCUGAAAGCAAAGAAAUAGCAGACAUCAAUAAAUAUCCCAUCAGAAUUGUUUCUUCUGAUAAAAAGAGCAUAAAUGCUGGAUUUGUUCUGUCAUGUGCUGGACUAUAUUCUGACAAAGUUGCAGUCAUGUCUGGUGGAAACAAAGAUCCAUCUGUCGUUCCGAUCAGAGGUGAAUAUUUAUUACUAAGCAAAGAGAAGCAAAGAUUGAUAAAGGGUAAUAUUUAUCCUGUUCCUAAUCCAAAAUUUCCAUUUUUGGGUGUACACUUUACUCCAAGGCUUGAUGGCUCUAUUUGGCUUGGGCCUAAUGCAAUUCUAGCUUUCAAAAGAGAAGGAUACACGUAUUCUGAUUUUUCAUUAGAGGAUCUAGCUUCAUUGUUAAAUAACAAGGGUUUUCAAUCUUUGGCUCUUAAAAAUCUAAAAUUUGGCUUCAAUGAAUUUAUGAAAUCAUUAUUCAUCGAUCUACAGUUAAAAGAGUUACAGAAAUUUGUACCAAGUAUAUCCCGAAAUGACCUAAGAAGAGGACCUUCAGGUGUGCGAGCUCAAGUUUUGUCUCCGGAGGGUGACCUGGUUGACGAUUUUAUAUUUGAGAACAGCGGACCAAGGAUACUUCAUUGCAGAAAUGCUCCUUCUCCGGCAGCAACAUCCUCUCUUUCAAUAGGAACAGUUCUUUCAGACAAAAUUUUAGCCCAGAUUGACUGUUUAUAAUUGUUGAUAUCAAUUGUUAUUAUGUAUGACAAUAAUAAAAUGUUCGUUUAUUUUAUUUAAAUCA